AUGCGUCCAAGCAGGCUGUUGCGGUCGUUGACGAGCUAUGUGCUCGCGGCGCAAAGCGUCCUCGCCGAUGCCGGUUCGCAGAAGCCCCUCGGGACUUUGCCGGAUUCCGAAACGCUGCGAUCGGCUAAGGCGGCGCCCGUGUUGAAUGGCCUGGCGACUUCGUCGUGGCACGCAGCGAGGCUGAACUACUCGUCGCCGGCGCCGCACCUGUUCGCUUCGACGUACGGGCUACUGCAGCAGUGGAGCAACACUGUGUUCCCGAACGGGCAUACGAUGGCAGCGGUGGAAAUUCCGGCAUUCACGUUGCUAUAUCACGGGAGGAUGGAUGAGGAGGGGGCGCCGAGCCCCGAGUGGCUUGCUUUUGAUAUGUGA